CUCUCCAUGGGUAGCAAAAAUUAUCUUUCAACAUAUUUGUUGUAAAUUACAAUAGAAUAUGGAACAAACGAUUUGUUAUAGCGUUUAGUACGACUAGGUAAAGAGCGAAUACGGAUAUGGGAUGGGAGAAAAUUGUACUCGUUGUAGAGUGGAUGAUCAUUUUGAGAAAGUAUGUGUCUUACCAUGGAGAGAACACCUGCAUUAUACUUAAAAUUGAGCUUAGAAAAAUCUACUCCUAUUGCAAAAUGCUUACAAAGGCUCUGCAGUGUUACAAAUAACUAAUAAAAUUAAGACUUUUGGUUAAAAUUAAAACAAAUUAAGGUAAAUUUCCAAAACACACUUGAAAAUUAUUAAAAGUAUUAAUCAACUCAUUAUCUCAAAAUCUAGGGAUGAUUGAGUGUUUGUUUGGUAAUUAAGACCAUCGCUUAUCUACUUGCUAAAACAUUUUACAAUUACAACAACAGGUAACAAACAGUGUGCACAAGUGGCACCAGAAAUAAAUUGAAAGGUUAGUGUGUAUAGCUUAGAUCCUAUGGAGAGAAUGAAUACAAUCUCCAAGUACCAAACCAAUACGAUACUAAAUUAUGUCAACAUACUGCAUAUUUAGAGGGGUUCUUUCACUAUAGUGUACAUUAUGUUUAGAAGAAACAUACAGAUAUACACAAGGAGCUAUGUAAUAUAUUGUUAAUUUAACCAAUCACAGGGGAGAAAAUUCAUUAAUGUUUUGUUUCAACAGGUAUAAAUAAAAAGAUGAUUAUGGGCCAGCAAUUUAUUAAUAAUGCCGGCCCUGUGUGAAGACAUCACUUUAAGAGUGUAAACAUAUUCCGUACAUAUAAGCCACUUUAUCUUGUGGCAUGUAAAUGUAUAUAACUGUGACCUUUAGAGUUAUCUAAUGGCCAAUUGCUGUUGAUUUGUACUCCCAAGAACAAUAAUUGCAUUAGCGAGAUAAUAAUGUACAGUGUUUAAUCUCAUCAUAGAGUAACAUUACUGCUCAAAUAAAUGUGAAUACUAUCACAGUAGCAGUAACUAUAUACUGAUAAUUUACGUCAUCACAUUAUGAAUCCCUAUGUUAAUACAUUAUAUAAAAUGGAAUCUGCCAAGCUAGCAAAAAAUGUUUAAAAUCAAAUCAAGGUAUUCGGUUAUCUGUGAAAAAUCGGUACCACAUUUUAAGUGCAUAUUUAUACUAGAGCCUGUGUUUAACAAUCAUAAAAAAAUAAUAACAAUAAAAAAAAAAUGAUAAUAUUGAUGAGAUAUAUAAUAAUCACUGUAACAUUUGUAUUUAGUUAAUGAAAAAAUGGAAGAGUCCAGUAAACACGGUCCUUAAAUCUAUACGUAUGAAGUGUAUCUAUGCAAACAGGCUCAUUAAUUGUCAUUAACGAAAGUUAGCCUGGAGAUAGUAAUGAUGAUAACAUGUUUAGUUAAACAGAGCCUCACAGAAAAGCGAAGCAAUGCUCAACACCUGAGCUCAUUGCGAGUCUAAUCCAAUUGUACGAGGAGAAUAAGUGAUAUGUGACAGCCAGGCAGUUCUCACACCAAGAAAUGCAGCAGAUUUAACGGUUACAAAAUCUGGUUUUCAGAUCCUGCAAAAUCAAGAACAUUAAAUGAAAGAAUCAUUGUGACUGAUGUAAAAUUAAGAACAUUUUAUUACUGAUGUUGAUAGUUGCUGGUGCUACAGUAUAACAUACAUUGGGAAUGGUCAUCUUACUGAAUGCAUUUGACAUAAAAUACGUACAAUGACAGAAUACUGCUAUCCAGUCAUAGAAAAUGUGACGGACACUAUCCGCCAUGCAAGCGAGCCUUUUGGAACAGUAAUUGAGAUCAUCUACCUGAUCACUCUAAGCAUUGUGGGAAGCUUCGGGAACAUAUUUGUUAUAUUUGCAAUCAUUGUGACUCCAGCAUUACGGACUGUUACAUAUUUCUGGGUGGCAAAUCUUGCCUUAUUCGAUUUGAUAACAACUGGUUUUCUGAUGCCAUUUUUUAUCUACAGUGUGUUCAAUAAUGGCUGGAAUCUCAGCUGCGAAUUAUGUUAUUUUCUUGCGUACAUUACACUUUGCAGUAUUGGUAUGUCAAUGACAACAUUAACAUCCAUUAGUAUUAAUCGUUACAUACUAAUAACGAAAUCGCAUCAAUUCUAUAUUCGUUUCACACAAUACAAAUACAUCAUACUCGGUGUUAUACUCAACUGCACUCUGACUAUUGUACCGGUGUUGAUGCCGUUUUAUGGCUUAGGUGAAGUAGGAUAUAACGUGGCUCUACGCCAUUGUGGCGUAAUUUACGGGGAACUAGAUUCGUGGAAAUUUGAAGUUAUAUUAUUAGGUAGUGGACUGACCUACUCUGUCUGCCUGCUAACCGUAACCAACUACUUAAUAUACAAAGCAUACCACGAAAGUAGACGGCGGGUGCAUUCCCACACGCUGACUCCAGGUAAUAGCAAAUCAUCACCCCGAAGGCAACUGUCACAAACUGUACACCAUUCAGAAUUCAGGGUAAUGAAGACCGUAAUAAUAAUUGUGAGCAUCGCAUGCUUUUGCUGGAUACCAUACAGUAUUGCGCUUUUUAGCAAUAAGGAGAACACGACUUCCAUAAUCUUUAUAAGAAGCGCAAAUGUUCUGAUUUGGACGAAUGCAACGAUCAACCCAUUCCUUUAUGCUCUAACUAGUACGAACUUCAAGAAGGCAGCGCAUAGAUUCUUUUGUUGCCAGUUGAAUUUGAUGAGAAGAUCGCGUGCCACCACAAUGAAUACCCGUCAUCACACACAAUAGAGAAAU